ACACAGUAAUUAAUCCAUCAAUUGAUUCAUUUUAACUCUAACAAAAAAAAAAAAAAAAUAAAGUAACAAUAAAAUAAGUGUAACAGACGAACUUUCUCUCGGGCGACUCAACAAUGUCCGUAAUAAUUCCGUACGUUUUAUUAGUUAAUUAAAACCUAAUAAACCUAAGUUAUAAAAUAAUAAUAAAAAUAAUAUAAAAAGAAAAAAUUGAACCAAAGUAUUUAAAAUCUAAAAUGAUUUUAUAUUGAACGUGAUUUGUUGCUAGUUAAUUAGUUGACCAGUUGCUAAAUAUUUACACAAAUAAAAACAUGCUUCAAGCAGUACGUUUGCUGACUGAAUUAGCACGACCAGUUGAUUAUCGUCGUGAUAAUAGUGAUAUGGAUUCACGGCAACAAUCUCACCAAAAUCAGCACCAGCAAAAUCAUCACCAACAGCAGCAGCUAACAGCGCCUGAAAAUUCUAUUUUAUUCCGUGAAAUUUACAAGAAUGGUUGGCUGAGAAAAACAAUUAAAACUGAUAACAAAGAAACUAACCGUUAUUGGGUCGCAUUUUGUGUUCAUGAUGAUAUCGAGCCAAGACUUGAAGGAUUUAUUGAUCAGAAACAGUCUACGACUCACUCGCCUGUCUGGGCAAGUUCGCUCAGGAAUAUCCAGCACUUGUCGCCUACUUUGUGUGCUACUUCCAGGCACGACUAUGAGUUUUGCAUUAACUUUGCUGAUGAUCGCGUUCUCAGACUCGCUGCACCAACUUACUCGGCCAUGCUUGAGUGGGUUCAGAUUAUCACCAGGAAACUUACGGAUAUGAAGGUUUUAAAGCCCAAGGAAAAUGUUUACUCAAGAGGGCCCGAGAGAAUUGCUACCAGGGAUCCUACUAGUCCGCUACCGCCACCACCUUUGCCUUCUGGAUCAUGGAUAUCUCCAUCCCCAAACGAUCCACCUUCAGUUCCAAGUAUUUCAAGCACCAGCACUCCGUCAUCCUCAUCAUCAGUGUUAUCUGUCGAGCAGAAUUCAACAAUAUUUACCUUUGAAGACAUAAGUCUUGAUGACCGUCGAUCAAGACCAAGUCAAUCACGCCUGCGAUCUCUGACCUCAAGUCCUCACAUAAUCCCAACACCCGCACCGGCACCAACACCCGCAUCAAGUAUCGAUGAUGACACCAGCUAUGAGAACAUUUUCAUGGCUUCUUCGUACCCUUUACCAACUAGCAUAACAGAAGAAUCUCGCCCGAAUGACGUACCAGUGCCAACAAUCCAAAGUACCAUCAAUCAAGAGCCAUCAACUGAUCAGUACGCAGCAUUGAUUGAGUGUCGCAGUUCAGGAACACCAGAACCGCAUGUUCCAAGUGUCUCAAAUGACCCCAGUGCCUCAACAUCAGCAAUGUCUUCAUUAUCUGUUUCAUCGUCAUCUAGCUCAUCGAAUGGACGAACUGGACAAAGAUCAAUCUCUGGAUCUUCUGCAGCACCUGGUCCAAGUUUGCUUGCGUCUCCAGCACCCGGACCCAGUUCCCUAGCCUCCAAUUUACCUGGACCAAGUCUCCUACCGCCUGCAUCCCCUGGACCCAAUCACUUAGCCUCAACAUCUGGACCAAGUCACAUUUCUUCUAAAUCCCCUGUUCCUAGUGCUCUACCGUCGAAUCCCACCAGACAAUUGACAUUACGUGAAAAACAAAUAGCGCAGCUAAGACGUGAGAUGACCCAUCGAGCUGGAGUUCGCUUACAACUUGGGAGACGUGAUUGUAAAGAUAGUAUUGCUUUUGUUGAUACAUUUGGAUCCAUUUGGGUCGCUGGAUGGAAGUGUCGUGAACACCCGCUGCUUUAUAAUGUCCUGCAUGUUGGUGAUAUGGUGAUAAGUGUUGCUGGAGUUAUACCAAACGGAGCUAGCGCUAUUCGGGAUAUUCUUAAGGGUAUUACUACACCGAGGGUUGAAGUGAUAGUCCGCCGUCUACCUUAUGCACGUGCAAUGAUACUAACUAAACGUACGGAUAAUGAGGACUUUGGAUUAGAGGUUAAUGGUAAUGAAUUAUCAGGCGUUAGUGGUGUUGCAUUGACUGCUGGUCUAUCACCUCUCGCUGAUGCUACUGAUCCCACAGCACCGAGUGGAUCUAACACUACCUGGACUAUUACUGAGGUCAAUAAUCGUCCUUUGAAUAUGUUUGACAGUUGUGCUAGUGAUCGGCUGAAAGCUAUCGGUCGAGAUAUUUCUAUUGUUGUACAACCCACUGAUCUUAUUGCAUCAUUACGCAAUAAAUUACGUGCAAUGCGUAGCUAUAAGAAUUUUAUUUUACAGUGAUAUUUUAUUUUCGACAAAAGAUUUUUUCUUUUUGGGAGCUUAUUUUGUUUUAGUUUUAGGAUUAUUAAUACUUUUUGAUUAUUUUUAUUAGUCCUAACAGAGUUACUUUUUUAUCUUCUUUUAAAUCAAGACCAGUAGCGUUUAUAGGCUUUGUUAUAAUUAAUUGUGAGAAUAAUUAUUCAUCAUUAAUUAAUCUGAUUUUGAACUUUAUUGAAAUCGCGAAGAAAAUUAUUUUGGUACAUACAUCUUAAAGGUAUUUCUUUUAUAUCUUCACAAAAUUUUAACCAUAAAAUGUCUCAGAUUUUUGGUCCAGCAUAACAAAAAAAUUUUUUUGAAACGUUGACUUUCGUUAAACAAGUUUAUUAAUUUAGAAGAAAAAAUACUUAACGUAGUUUCAUACAAUAGUUUACAUAUUGUUAGUCUAGUGAUUUUUCAACACUCCCUUAAUUUUUUUUCCAAUUCUGUCGAGAGAAUUUUUUAAUAUGAUAAAAAAUAGUUGGAGAGACCGGACAUUUUACAUACUUUAAAUGGAACAUGACC